AUGGAAAUAGGACAAAAAUUGAAGUGCAGCACUUGUGAAGGUGAUGAUGCCGAGCUAUUACACUCGAUGAGCAAGCUAUUCAUUUGUGAAGCUCAUGGACAUGUUGCUGAUCAGGAAAAGAUGCUGGCCAAAGCGAUCUGUUCACAUUGUGCCUUUGUGCAACACAAAAAUUGUCCGGGAGUCGCGCAGACAGUGCUCGAAAAAUUGGGUGGAGUCCAAGCAACGAAGAUCCUUAAAGAAGCUACUCCACACAUUGAAGAGAUCACGAAAUGCGCCAAGGAAUCCGUGAAACUCAUUGAAAGCGUCAAAGCGGGCUUUUUCCAACAAAACAUUAAUUUGAUUCAAUCACGACAACCCACCGAAAUCGAAACGCUUCUCGACGCUCAUCUCAAAUCGGGGAUGAAAAUCGAAGUGAUCGCUGAGAAAUUUAAAGAGCUCAACAAUGUGAUAAAGACACUUGUCGAUGAACUUCCAAGAUCGAAGCUUUCCCCUCAACGACAAAAUAACUCUCCUCCUCCAUCAAGACCCCGAUCACCACCACCUUCCUAUCAAGAAUCCUCUCGCUCUUCGCCUUCACUCUCCGAUCAUACACGACUUCAUCAAUUUGUAAACCCUAGACACAAUUAUGCAAAUCAACUUCAACAAGAGAUCGUCUUCUCCGAUUUGUCCCACACUCCAAUCAAUGAUUCAUAUCGAUGUUCAGCUCGGAUCAGAAAUCUCUCCGAUCAUGUAAACGUCCGAAUCAUUGUUGACCCAAAAAAUUGUACAUGCGAUAAAGAAUUCUGGAUCCUAAAACCGAACAAUCACUUCGAUCUCGUUUUCUUUGUGACUUUUGAAGAACUGAAAAAGAAUGGAGAAGUUGAGCUACUAGUGCAUCUUGAUGGAAAAAGAAAGAAAGGCGUCCCAGAAGUCACAAAAAAGAUCUCUUUUAGCCCCGAGGAGGGGGUAAAAGUUGCUGAGAAA